CAAUACCGGCGGUGGCAGCAGCGGCAGCCCCACACAUUUCCAACUCGUCGCCCUGUGUUCAUUCCAGGGGCAUCCUCGUCACUGUGGUGCUACCAUCAGCAUGGUGCCGAAGAAUCACGCCGAGGACGCUCCCACGACCGCGAUUGGACGCGCCGAGCCGAGUGGCGCAACUAGAGGAUCUCAUCCUACCCGUGGUACCAGGGCUCCACCGGCACAGCUCGGGCGAAAGUCCAGCUCAAGAGUGCUACUACUUGGCGCCCUCACCUUGGGCACGUUCCUGCUGCUUGUGACUCUGACCUACUUUAUGCUGACGUAUAACCCACCACCAGGUCCUGACUCGCGACGCCCACACAUCGUCUUCAUCUUGGCCGACGAUUUGGGCUGGGCCGACCUCAGCUACACGGGAGUAGCACAGAUACGGACGCCCAAUAUUGACGCCCUGGCCUGGAACGGAGUUCGUCUCUCUAGGCUAUACCACCAGAAUUUGUGCACUCCCUCCAGAGCCGCCAUCAUGACUGGACGCUACCCGAUACACACAGGUAUGCAGCAUCUUGUCAUAUUAUACGGAGAGCCCAGAGGACUACCCCUCAACCUGAAACUUCUUCCUGAAUGGUUGAACGAGCUGGGCUACACCUCGCACAUGCUGGGAAAGUGGCACCUCGGCUUCUGCAAGGCUUCAUACACGCCAACAAAAAGAGGGUUCGUCAGUCACAUCGGUAACUACGGAGGAGCCGUCGAAUACUACACACAUCUCAGAGUAUCGGCAGGCGAUGUCGGCCUGGAUUUCCGACGAAAUUUCACUCGGGCCACCAGAGACAAUGGAUGGUACUACACAGACCUAAUAACUUCGGAAGCAGUAAAUAUAAUUAAAGAUAAUCCACCGAACAAGCCUAUGUUUCUGUACGUGGCCCACCUUGCAACGCACUACAGCAGCGCCCGCGAGCGGCUGGAGGUUCCAGAGCACUACAUGAGAGGAUACGAGUCCAUCAGGCACGCGAACCGCACCCGCUACGCAGGCAUGGUGGCCGCCCUCGACCAUUCUGUAGGCCAGAUCGUAUCCGCCCUGGACGAAGCUGGCAUCCUGAACAACACCUUCCUCGUGUUCGCCUCGGACAACGGCGCCGCCACCACAUUCUGGGACACGCACGGCGCCUCUUCGUGGCCGCUACGGGGAGAGAAGGACACGUUGUUCGAAGGUGGCGUACGAGUGCCUGGCAUCGUGUGGGCCCCAGCGCCACUGUGGCACGGCGUGGGAACCGAGUACGACAGGUUCUUCCACGCAACUGACUGGUUGCCUACGCUCUACGAGGUGGCCGGUGGAGACGCGUCCAAACUGUCAGGUAUCGACGGUGUCAGCCAUCUUCGAUCGCUCAAAGACCCCACCGUUCCGACACCAAGGAACGAAGUCCUUCUCAACAUCGACCCCACAGAUGGUAACGCCGCCUUGAUCCAAGCUCCAUACAAGCUCGUAUCUGGUUCUUUUCCACGUGCUUCAACGGACUGGCUCCCAUUACCCGGUGAAAGAGAAAAGGCCGACACGGAAUCUCAGCACGCACGCGAAGCCUGCAUGAAUUCCACAGUGUUCAAGGUUUUCAAAAAACGCGGCCUGACGCCCAGCUGCGGUACGAAAGGGGACGCCUACUCUACGCCCAUUUCUUGCAGCGCCGGAGACGAAAGCAAGUCCGUCUGCAACUCUACGCAGGCGCCCUGCCUGUUCGACAUCGUUGCCGACCCGUGCGAGUACAGAAACAUAGCCGAGGAAAAGCCCCAGAUUGUCCAGCAGCUCCAGGCCCGCGUCAACGAACUCGGAAAGACCGCUAUGAAGCCCAACAACGUCCCCAAAGACCCAGCCGCACUGCCGAAGAACCAUGGGGGCUUCUGGGUCACCUGGAAAGAUGACGUGCCAGUGUGAGCGAGUAGGAACUGAACGGCUGAGAGAUAACGUGGGAGUUUCCUGUAUGCGAAUAAAAAUGAUACGUCUCUUCAAAUGUUCUUAAUAGCUGAAGAAAUUAAUAGUAUUGCUUUCCAGCACACUUGCGUCGGCAGCCUGUCCGCAAUGGGGAACGCGGGCACUAAAGACGGAGUCCGGUAACCGUUGCUCUUCCUUCAUAAAGUUCCUCACGUUGAAAUUAUGACUAUAGUUACUCAUACAACCUGAUCAUUUCUUUGGUUAGUGGCCACUGUGCUUUAUAUUGCUAAGAGGCGCUACAGUAGUGAACGAUGAUGACAGGACUGACGAAGACGACGAUCGCCGACAGUCGCGCGCACA